AUGUUGCGGCCAUGCAGUGCAAACAUCAAUUCCACCGUGACUGCAUCUCAAGGUGGCUCUCCGAGUGUCGCAAGACCUGCCCACUUUGUGGGAAGGAUGCCUGUUGAUGUCACAUGGACGAAUGUUUCACACAGGUCAGUGCUGCAUCGCUUGCUGCGCUUCAGCGAACGAACAGAUAGCUUUGCUGGAGGUUGCUUGGGUGCAUCCAUCCUGGCCCUUGGUCCUGGCUUGUGUCGCCCUUGUGAUCGGAAGAAGGAAAGGGGGACGGUGCCUCAAAGACCGGGUGGAAGCCUGAAGGGAAGAAGUGGAGGACACAGCCCGACGCGUCGGCCCAAUCUGCCCAAGUGGACUCCGGAUGCUGAAAAAAGGGUCGCUCCAGAGGCCCUUGUGUUUGUGAGAGGAGAAACAGCGCUGUGUGUUCCCCCCGAAAGUGGAGCAAUUCCCAGUUGGAAAGUCAGCACCAAUCAAGGCAUUUGGGACCAAAUUUUGUGCAAUUUUUGUUCAAUGCUCGAGUUCACCUGAGAGAUGAGAUUGUUUCAUCGUCCUUCUUGUGGAACUUUUUACAUGUCAGUCUACGUUAUGUAUUUGCCCGAAUAUUAGUGUUCAGUGACAGGUGUUGAGACGUUACAUGGGCGCCAGAUUCAAAGCUAAAGUUCGGAAUUGGUGAACUAGGCUGCAAGACACUUGAUGCCUAUUGGCGAGCACACCAC